GUAGGCGGUCAGGUUGAUGCUCUCAACCAAAUGGUAUUCUUAAUUGUCACUUAUCAAUAAGGUGUAUCUUUAAUCUUAUGGUGGCCUGUGCCUUACAGUAUCACUUUCAGAAACAUUGUCUUUGUGCUGUUCAACUUGAGACUGACCACUUUUAGAAAUGAGAUAUUUACAGUAUUUACCGAUUACAUACCUUAUAUAACUUAUUAACGUUCUGUUUAUUUAGUCUUUAUUGUUGAUGGAAUCUCAACCCAGUCACAACGUGACUAUUAGUUGAAACGAGACGACUUUGCUUAUACUGUAUUUCGAUGUUAAGUAAUGUAUAUAUCUAUCGUAAAAGAAGUCAUUCUCUUCCAAAACAGCUCAGAAGUGUUAUCUCUGGCUAUGGUGCAAGUUCGAAUCAUAAUUACAGAUGAAACAUAAGCGGGAUUUAAAGCUACUACUUCAUCCAUACUUUAUCGUGAAUAUGCUACUUAGCGCUCUUUUUUUUAUAUCAAAAACUGUCCCAUUAUUUUGUACAUGGAUGUAUGAUGAUUGUUACAUCAAUCUCCAAGAAUAUGAAAUGUUGAUAUUUUUAGGAAGCUUCGUCGCAUUGCGCAAUAAGCGUCAAUUCUCUAUUCCUGAUUAUCUUGCUCAUUUCUACAUGUUUGCUAAAAUCGUUAGUCUACUUAUGUUCUGGAAACAGAAUGUUGUAUAUGCCAUAUUAUAUGGUGUUUUAUGGUUAGUGCAAGCCUGUUUUUUACAACAACCUGUUUAUAAUGGGCCCGAUAAAGUUUUAUACUUGCGAGAUACUACCUUUGAACAAGAAGUUAUUCGUGGUAACCCUAAGGUAACAUGGCUCGUUGCAUUUUAUACUGUGUGGUCACCUGCGUGUACUAAACUACAACCUAUUUUUGCAGAACUGUCAGAAGAAUUUGGAACAGAUCUUAUGAAGUUUGGCAAAAUCGAUGUGAUACGAUAUCCAGAUGUCGGCGUCAAACACAACAUUGAUACAUCCUCCUGGUCUAAACAGCUUCCUACUCUGAUUUUAUUUCGUCAAGGUCAUGAACUGACACGCAGACCAGCUAUAAUCAAUACACCUAAGAAAACAGUACAGAAAUUCACAUUCACUUGGGAUAAUAUGAUCAAUGCUUUUUCAUUAAAUGAAAUAUACACUAACCAGAAACAAACUUCUAGCGCUGCAAAUCAGUGUGGUUCAGCUGGUUCAACAGAUAAAGAUAAGAAAAACCUGUGAAAACAUACGGUUUCAUCGAGAUAUUGUGUUAGGUACUUUAUCUAGUCUUUCUUAUAUCUUUUAUUUGAACGACCUGCAUCUGUAAAUUAAUUUCACCAGUUAAUUUUUUCGCACAAUGUUUCGGUACUCAAAACCAAAUUUUUACUCAGUUAAAUUGACUUCCAUAGUUGAAUGCCUUGGUUUUAAUCCUUAGUUACUUCUGUCUUAAUGCUUUGUACAAAUUUAAGUACUCUUUAAAUGUCUUAUAUUGUAAAAAUGUUUUACUCUGAUUGAUAAACAGCUUGCAAGCAUGCUGUUGAUAGACUAGUUGUAACCAGGUAUUUUUUUAAACUUGUUUACUGAUCAUGUGUCGCAUGACAACAGUUAUUACUGUUUAAAGUAAAUUAGAUAAAAUAAGAUGUUAACUCAUGAGUUGGUGGAU